AUGCUCACACCGCUCUUUUUAUUGCUCCUAUUCGACGCGCUUUUGACGAUUUUCGCGCAAAACUCCCACAAUAUUGUCGUCGAUGUCACCGAAUAUGGAAUCAAUUCGUAUUUGUCGGGAAUGCGCUAUUAUUUCAAUAAUUCGCUUGCAAAUUGGUCGCCUCCAAAUAUGGGCUACUCGACGUGCUUCUGCGGGAUUGUCCUUCAGAAUCACACAAUUGCGAUGUUGAAAAUCGACGAGUUCAAACCGGAAUUAUCCGAUAAUUUUUUCAAUGUUACGCUGAAUGGCGUCGAUUUGGAGAUUUCCGGCAAUUACGAUCGCAAUUUUUUAUUCUUUCACACAUCCAACCCAUAUAAGGCGCGAAUUUCAACGAGCCAUGUCUCCAUCGGACCGUUAAUUCCAAUCGCCUACUCGGGACUGCCAUUUGUCUAUAUGAAUUUGACAUGCGAUAUUCAGGAUUUCGAAAUUGAUGAAACGCUGACGAAUGGCUGGCUGGUGACGUCGCUUAUCGAAAAUGCAAUAAAAAGCAAUUUUAAAAAUCAUCUAUGUCACCAAUUGGCGUCGAUUUUGGAUGAGCGCAUUCGAGAGGACAUCUCGAUGCUCGAAUUGCAUUUCCCCAUAAUCCACGAUUCCGCAAAUAUCAACUAUCGAAUUGUGAAGCAUCCAAUUCAGUUGGCAUCGCGAGCGAUUCGCUACUAUCUUGACGGCACCACAACCGAUUCCGAGCGAUUUCGCGCCGAUUUCCGGCCGCCAAUCGUCGAAAAUUCGAAGCGCCAUUUGAUCUACCAUAUUCAUGACCGACUACUAUCCGAAGUGGCUCAAACGCUCUGCGAUAAAGGCUAUUUCGAUUCCUCAAAACUCGAAAUUUUGCUUCGUUUGAAAUCGCAAAUCGCCGAUGAAACGAUCGACAACUCGUUCAACGCGGCGCUGUUCGCGCGCAUCGCCGACGUCCUAAGGAGCCACUAUCGUUUGCCGUUGCCGUUGGUGCUCGGCGCCUCGAUCGCCGACGUGAUGUUCGAAUCGCAUUCGCGUUUCAUCACCGUCCACACGAAUCUCGAUUUUCUUGUUGAUAUUCAACAAUUUUGA